CUAGGGAUCAUGGAGAGGAGACAAAGAGAACAGACUGUGCCCUCUGACUGCCCCUGAAGGCUAGGCCCUGCCGCAGGAGCUGUGCUAGUGGCCCUGCUCACUCGCCCUUUGCGGUUCAGAGUCUGUCAUCUGAACCAUGAGGAUCUGGUGGCUUCUGCUUGCCAUUGAAAUCUGCAAAGGGAACAUAAACUCACAGGACACAUGCAGGCAAGGGCACCCUGGCAUCCCUGGGAACCCCGGUCACAAUGGUCUGCCUGGAAGAGAUGGACGAGACGGAGCGAAGGGUGACAAAGGGGAUGCAGGAGAACCAGGACGUCCCGGCAGCCCGGGGAAGGAUGGGACAAGUGGAGAGAAGGGAGAACGAGGAGCAGAUGGAAAAGUUGAAGCAAAAGGCAUCAAAGGUGAUCAAGGCUCAAGAGGAUCCCCAGGAAAACAUGGCCCCAAGGGGCUUGCAGGGCCCAUGGGAGAGAAAGGCCUCCGAGGAGACACUGGGCCUCAGGGGCAGAAGGGGAAUAAGGGUGACGUGGGUCCCACUGGUCCUGAGGGGCCAAGGGGCAACAUUGGGCCUUUGGGCCCAACUGGUUUACCUGGCCCCAUGGGCCCUAUUGGAAAGCCUGGUCCCAAGGGAGAAGCUGGACCCAUGGGGCCCCAGGGUGAGCCAGGAGUCCGGGGAAUAAGAGGCUGGAAAGGAGAUCGAGGAGAGAAAGGGAAAAUCGGUGAGACUCUAGUCUUGCCAAAAAGUGCUUUCACUGUGGGGCUCACGGUGCUGAGCAAGUUUCCUUCUUCAGAUGUGCCCAUUAAAUUUGAUAAGAUCCUGUAUAACGAAUUCAACCAUUAUGAUAUAGCAACGGGGAAAUUCACGUGCCACAUUGCUGGGGUCUAUUACUUCACCUACCACAUCACUGUUUUCUCCAGGAAUGUUCAGGUGUCUUUGGUCAAAAAUGGAGUAAAAAUACUGCACACCAAAGACGCUUACACGAGCUCUGAGGACCAGGCCUGUGGCGGCAUUGUCCUGCAGCUGAAGCUCGGGGAUGAGGUGUGGCUGCAGGUGACAGGAGGAGAACGGUUCAAUGGCUUGUUUGCUGAUGAGGACGAUGACACAACUUUCACAGGGUUCCUUCUGUUCAGCAGCCCGUGACAGAGGAGAGUUUACAAAUCCGCCACACCAUCCAUCAGAACCAGCUUGGGAUGAGCUUAUUCAGAUGGUUUUACUUUACUAAUUCCUCCAAUUAUUACAAUAAUCAUGAAAAGGUGAAAACGGAAAAGUUAUUCCUAAAACUGAUUCUGUGUAACUUACUAUCUUUCCAGGAGUAAAUACUUAAAAUA